AUUUUUAUAUUUUUUUGAAUUACUAAUCUAAAAAUGAAAUAUUUGUUCUAUAAAAAUGAUAAAUUUAAACUAUAUAGGAAUGUCAGUGAGGUAAACUUAAACCUUCCACUGACAUUCGGCUUUUCGUCUAUGACGGCACAUGCAUAACCUUUUUGAAACUUGAACUGCUUCAAACAAGAAAACAAAUCAGAAUUCAUUAGAGAAAUUGUAUCAGAAAAUACGAACGCGAAUGAUAAUGUCAAAUCGUUUUUGAAAAACUAUAUAAUCGCUUUAAAUUUAUACGUAGUGUCUUUUACACUUAUUGUUUAUUAAGUUUUCUGGUAAAAUGAAUGUUAUAUGCUCUAUAUGCAGUGACCCAUUGAUGCAAUCAAAUGAUAUUUUUUAUACUCGAUGUGGACACGUGUUUCAUUUACAAUGUUUGAGUCCCUGGCUUGAAAGAUCAAAAAGUUGUCCACAAUGUAGAGAAAAAGUUACACAAAGUAAAAUACAUAGACUGUAUUUCACGUUUGGGAAUAAUGAAGUUGUCGAGUCUCAGGCUUCUACAUUGCAGGAGAAAAUAGAUGGCUUAAAAUUUCAAAUUUUGUUGAAACAAAAAGAUAUCCAAUAUUAUACCUCAAAAAAUGUUACUUUAGAGAAACAAAGUGCUGGUUUAAGACAAGAAGUAUAUAAAUUGGAGGGCGAAAUCAGUCAAAAGAAUGCAGCAAUGCAUGCUUUGAAAGAGCAAAUCGAAUACUUUAAAAAACGAAGUUCACGUUGUGAUGAUUUAAAAAAAGAAAUUGCUCAAUUGAAAGAUAAGAUUGAAGAUCUCAAACCACUAGAAGCAUUAUUACAUGGUCCUCUUAGUGAUGUUAGUAGAAUGAUUGGAAAUGAUAGAGAUCCUCAAACGCUUAUUAAAUUUAUUUCUAUCAUGAAAAAGGAAUUAAUUCAAAGCUUUAACAAGUGUAAACACUUACGCACGACUGUAAAAAGACUCAGAGAAGAGCUUAAUACAGUUAAUGCAAAAUUAAAUAGUUUAUUAGAAGAACAAUCUAAACAAAUAGAUUCGGAAGGGCAGCUGGAAUUUUCAAAUAAUAAAAAUAUUACUAUACAAGAUACAGAUAAUGAAUUAGAAGAAAUACAUCAAAUUGAUGAUAAAUCUCCUAAUGUGUCAGAGGUACAAAAAAUAGAGAAUAAGAAUAUUCCUAAGAAACCAGUAGAUGUCAAGAUAAGAAGGGAUAAGAGUAAUAAAGAGACAUUAGAGAAAAAUAUCGCGCCAGUUAAACGGAAAACAGCCAAGACAUCCAUAUCCGCGAGUAAAGGCGAAAAUAAAGCCAAACAUAAAGAACAAAAUUCAGAAGUAAAUAGUAAUUCGGACACAGAUACAACCAAUAAUUCCUCCAAAGAUUCUCCAGUAGUCCAUAAGAAAUUCAGAUUAUCAGAUGAUAAUAUAAAUACUUCAGAUAAAAGUACUAAUCAAUCAAGCAGUUCUAUAUCAAAAAAGAAGAGAAAUCAUUCUACAAAAAUAAAAUUAUCUGAUACUGAAGAUGAAGAUAAUAAUUCUGUGAUUGAUCUAACUUGAAAAAUUCCUAUACUGUAUUCAUUUUUCUGUUUUAUAAAUACUCGCCUAUCU